AUUCAUCCAGGAUAAAACCUCCGACAAAUAUAUAGACACAGCCUCUUAUUUGCCAGCCAAAACACGCAUAACCAAAGCAAACAAAGAAGAGAUAACAUGGCACUGAGGUUGUGGGCUUCUUCAACGGCCAAUGCACUGAGAAUCUCUGUUGCCUCCUCCACAGCUCACCUCUCUCCUUCCUACUCCCUCUCAAGAUGCUUCUCUACUGUUGUAGAUGGGUUGAAGUAUGCAUCUUCACAUGAGUGGGUGAAGCAUGAAGGGCCGGUGGCCACUAUUGGCAUUACAGAUCAUGCUCAGGAUCAUCUGGGAGAAGUAGUGUUCGUAGACUUGCCAGAACCGGAAGGUGCUGUCAGCCAAGGGAAGAGCUUUGGAGCAGUGGAAAGCGUGAAAGCAACUAGUGAUAUCAAUUCUCCAAUCUCCGGCGAGAUUGUUGAGGUUAAUACAAAGCUUAGUGAAACUCCUGGACUGAUAAAUAAAAGUCCAUAUGAAGAGGGAUGGAUGAUCAAGGUGAAGCCAAGCAACCCAUCAGAAUUACAGUCCCUACUUGGUCCAAAGGAAUACACAAAAUUCUGUGAGGAAGAAGAAUCUCAUUAGAAUUUUAGUACUCUUUGCAAAUGUUAUUGUCUUGAACUAACCUAUUCUAAGAACGUAAAAAGGUUUCAUGUCCUCUGAAUUCUUGUCAAUUAUCACAAAAAAUAUUUUCCAACUUUGUCCAGUAUUUUCUUGUUUUUUAUGUUGUAAUUCUGCAUGUUUCUUCUAAUCGGGAACCGUUUCUUCGCUCA